AAAACCCUUUCCCUUCUCCCUCUCUCACUGUCUCUCUACUUGGUCUCUGAUAGAACCACCCAAAACCCUUGCGACUUACGUCGUCGUCGCCGCCGUCUCCGCUCGCCGUCGAUAUCGUCUCUUCGGGCAGCUCCUCUCAGCCUGUACAUUUCAUGUUAAGGUCACAUCUUGGCUGCUCACAUGGAACUUCCUUGAAGAUCUUGAUUUCAAGCAACAAUUUCAUACAACGGGAAGGCAUUGUACAUGCAAAUCACCUGUUUGAUGAAACUGUGGACGGAGACUUGUUCGCCCUAAAUGCUCUCCUCGGUGCCCAUGUUCGCAAGGGCCAUGCUCGAGCUGCAUGGCUUCUUUUCCAUCAGAUGCACUGCAUGCACCUCAAACUCGAUGCUUACACUUUCACACCCAUUCUUAGCACAUCCUCAGCUCUUUCGGAUGUGAAGGGAGGCCAACAGGUCCAUGCCUUGGUCAUAAAAACUGGUUCAGAAUCUGAAACUGUUACAGAAACUGCCCUUCUUGACAUGUACUCCAAGUGCGGCCUCUUGGAUGAUUCGGUUCGUGUCUUUGAGGAGGCAAAGUCCAAGGAUGCCAUUGCAUGGAAUACCAUGAUUUCAGGCUACCUCCGCUAUGGCCUUGCUUGGAAUGCCCUUAAAGUUUUUGGAGCGAUGUGGAAGAGCGGGAUUCAAUUUACCAGCUUCACACUGUGCUCUGUUUUGAAAGCUUGUGCCUCACUGAAUGCUCUUCAGCAGGGGAGGCAGGUUCAUGCUUUGGUGAUUGUCAUGGGUAAUGAUUUGCUUGUUCUUGGUACUGCUCUCAUUGAUUUCUAUUCUAACUGUGGAUUAAUUGGGGAAGCCAUGAAAGUCUUCUGCCAUUUGAAUUGCAGGAGAGAUGAUGCUAUAUUUAAUUCCUUGCUUUCUGGGUGCAUUCGAAAUCAGAAGUUCGAUGAGGUGUUUAUGCUUGUUAGGCAGAUGAAACCAAACAGCAUUACUCUUACUUGUGUUCUUGCUGCUUGCUCAGAGAAAUCAGAUUUAUCAAGUGGAAAGCAGGUACACUGUUUGGCAAUUCGUCUUGGAUUUGAGUCAGAUGCCCAGUUAUGCAAUGUGUUGUUGGAUAUGUAUGCAAAAUGUGGAAAAAUAUCUGUUUCUCGUUUGCUGUUUGAUCGAAACCCUUGUAGAAGUGUGGUUUCUUGGACCAGCAUCAUAGAUGCAUACAGAAGUAAUGGGCAUGGAAUUGAAGCUUUUAAGUUGUUCAAAGAGAUGGAGGAGCAAAGCAGUAUUUCACCCAAUCCUGUGACAUUUCUUGCUAUUCUAUCUGCAUGUGGGCAUUGUGGAUUGGUGAAACAAGGAAAAGAAUGUUUUCUUCUGAUGAAGGAGAAAUAUGGGUUCGAUCCAGGUCCAGAGCAUUAUGCUUGCUUCAUUGACCUAUUAGGUCGAGCAAGUCGGAUUGAUGAAGCCUGGGACCUCUUACAUGAUAUGGGUGAGAAGGGCACUAAGCCCACGGGUGAAGUAUGGGCAGCCUUAUUGAAUGCUUGUAGAACUAAUUUAGAUAUCAAGAGGGGUGAAUUUGCAGCAAAACAGCUACUUGAGUUGCAGCCAGAGAAGCCUGGAAAUUAUAUUUUGGUUUCGAACUUCUAUUCUGCCAUUGGGAGAUGGGGUGUUGUGGAGGAAUUGAGGGGUUUGAUGAGGGAAAGAAGACUGAGGAAGGAGAUGGGGAGUAGCUGGAUCACUGUUGAAUGCUGUGAUAAAAAUAUUGAUUGCAAUGGAUUGGGAAAAAAGUUUAUCUAAAUUUAGUGCUUUCAUUGACUUCGCAUGAGAUUGUAUACCACCUCCUUACCUUUUCUGUAUAUAUCAUAAUUUUUUAAUUAAGGGUUCACCCAACA